GAGAAUAAGAAGGAAAGGAAGUUGUUGCAAACCGAAACAGUAGCAUCGGCAUGCCAAGCAAGAGCAACAACACGCAAGCGAUUGCUCCUGGUCUCCUAAUUUGACUGAGCCUCUAAAAUCUGUCAUAAUUGGGGGGGGGGGGGGGGGGAAAUGUCUCGAUAGAGUGGAUGGAGCGGACAGGUGAAGCUUUUGGAAAGAGCUUACCGAGUGGAGGUGGACUUCUUAUUAUCAGAGUUGUAGGCUAUGAGUGUGGGUGAUGGAGGACGGUCAGCAUGGGGACUUGGACUACUUGAUCCAAGAUGAGGACACUCUCAUUGAAGGUGUCAGCAACCAGGUCUUAUUUGUGGUGGUGCUCAGUGUCGCCUUCCUUGCAGGCCUCCUCACUCUCCUCUGCAGACAAGAGCAGCAAAAUAUUCAUCCUGAGAAUCAGGAGCAUGUUAGAGCCGUCCGACAACAGCUCCAGACCGAGCAGGAUGAAAAUCCCCAGGCUGAAGCCAGGCAGCAGUAUUACACAGACAUGUCGUGUCCUGUAUGUUUACAGCAGGCUGUUCUGCCUGUGGAAACCAAUUGUGGACACCUUUUCUGUGGCUCCUGCAUCAUAGCCUACUGGAGGUACGGCACCUGGCUGGGAGCUAUUAACUGCCCCAUCUGCAGACAAAUGGUAACAUUGCUCUUUCCACUAUUUCAUGAGCACGCCAGUCCUCAGAGGGUACAGGAUGGGGAAGCUGAACCUCAGCUAAUAUUAAGAGAUAUCAAUGAUUACAACCGCAGGUUUUCCGGCCAGCCGAGAUCUUUUAUGGACAGGCUGCGGGAUGUGCCCACUCUGCUUCGUCACGCCUUUAGAGAGAUGUUUACUGUGGGUGGCCUCUUCUGGAUGUUCAGGAUUCGAAUUCUUCUCUGCCUCAUUGGGGCAAUCACCUACCUGGCCUCUCCGCUCGACAUCCUCCCCGAAGCGCUCUUUGGUCUUCUGGGAUUCAUGGACGAUUUCUUUGUAAUCCUACUUCUCUUUGUGUACAUCUCUAUCAUGUACAGAGAGGUGGUUACACAGAGACUGAACGGCUAGGCCUUGGCCUGCUCAUAUGAGCCUCGGGAAGAGUGAAGUCAACAUCUGAGGACGUGCAAAAAACUGAAUAAAUGUUCAAAGAGCAGUUAGUCGAUAAUACAGUCUCUCUCUCUCUCUCUCUCUCUCUCUCUCUCUCUCUCUCUCUCUCUCUCUCUCUCUCUCUCUCUCUCUCUCUCUCUUGGAUGGAGAUGGGUUAGCAAAAAAAAGUACUCUCAAUAUUGACUCUGUAUAUAGAAUUUACCAUUCAAGAUUCUAAGGUCAUAUGAGUCAAUACCAACAGAAGUGGAAUAUAAGGAUGCGAUGUAAAAAUCUACUUGGAGUCAGGCACUGAGGUCAGUCAGGAAAGUCUUUCUUGCCCAUCAGUUUACACCCUUAACUAAAUAGUCAACAGUGCCAUGAACGGGCAUUUGGUUAAUGUGUAUGUCAUCAUUAUGGAGACAAUCGUGUAAAACUGUAAUGUCUUUAUUAAAUGGAUUUAAAGUCA